AAUGAGCUGUUUUCAGAUACUUUCCCAAGACUUGAUGACUAGUCUGUGUCGUAACUAAAAAGUUUCGUUUCACUGAAAAUACGAAGACACUGUCGGUCUUACCCUUUGAUGUGCUUCUUAAGUUUCGUUUCAUACAAAGGGCCUCGACUUAGUUGGAAAACGAAAGUAACAUCCCAUAUAAAAAGCAGAAGUGAUGUCGCAGCAUUAGUUUAUUUGGCGAAACGUGGCGACAGCGAAGAACUGAUGCGAAUCUUCAUAAAUAUGACUGAGCAUGCACGCCUGAAAGGAUGAGUUCUAAGACCAAGAAAAAAACGUCCUUUGGGGCAACAGCUCCGCCCUUCAUUGACUACCUGCAAGAUAUUCUUCGUCGAUAUCCAGAUGGUGGACAAAUUUUGAAGGAGCUGAUUCAAAAUGCAGACGAUGCUAAAGCCACAGAAGUGGUCUUCAUCCAUGAUGAGAGAAGCUAUGGAACUGAGAGCCUUUGGACCAAUGAAUUGGGAGAAUACCAAGGUCCUGCUCUCUACGCCUACAACAAUGCAGCGUUCACUGAGGAUGACUGGAAUGGAAUUCAACGGGUUGGGCGGAGUGUCAAGCGCAAUGACCCAAACAAAGUUGGGAGGUUUGGAAUCGGCUUCAACUCUGUUUACCACAUAACAGAUGUGCCAAGUAUAUUCAGUUCAGAGCACCUGGCCAUGAUGGACCCCCAAGAGCAAACAUUUGGAGAAAGGAACCCAGGGUUUCGGUGGUCUCUGGAUGAUGCAGAACACCAAGAGGCUCUAACUACUAUGCAUGACCAGUUCCAGCCUUUUCGAGAUAUAGUUUCACUUGUCGGCGCACAAGAAUGGUCAAAAGUCAUCAUGGAGGAUCAGCACUUUGACGGGACAAUUUUCAGGUUCCCCUUGCGCAAUAAGGCAUCGAAUAUUUCCGAUAAUCUAUAUGACUCUAACAAGGUGGUUGAGCUUUUUGAUAGCUUCAUUGCGGAUGCCGAGUUGAGCCUUCUGUUCCUGAAAAAUGUGACCUCUGUGUCCUUGAAACAUAUCGAUGUACAUGGCCUUGUUACCACCAGACUUGAAGUGAACUCACUCCCCACAGAUGUGAUUCUGGAGACUGAAGAUGAGUCAAUCGUUGAGGGUUCAACAAGGUUCAAAUGGAUAAUACUGAACUCAGAGGACCGAAAAGAAACAAAGUGGCUUGUUACAACAUGUACCAUGAAGGAAGGCAAUGUAGAACAUCUUGAUUCACUUGCAAAAAAGUUGAGCUUUUUCCCUCAAGUUGACUUGGCAUUCCCUUGUGGUGAGAAGAGAGACUGUAGUGAGAGUAGACUGAGCUGCUUUCUUCCUCUCCCAAACAAUGACUCCAACAAGACCGGACUCCCAGUUUAUGUCAAUGCGUGCUUUGGCCUCACCGACAACAGAAGACAAAUCAAGUGGCAAGAGGAAGACCAGAAACAUGACCAGCAUGCUGUGUGGAAUGAAUUGCUGAUGAAGGAGGUGCUCCCACAAGCCUACCUCAUGAUCAUUCAAGAUGCCAUCAAACUUGCUAAAGAAUCUAAUCUGCCCGUCUCUUCCGUGUACGAUCUGUGGCCAGAUAUCGCCCAGAUAAAGCACAAAGAUAAAUGGCAUGCCGUUGCCCUGGAUGUUUUUCAUCACUUAUUCAGACAGAAUGUAGCUGUCCUUUCUCUUGCCAAAGAUGAAAAAGAGUUCAUCACGCCAUCAGAAGCUGUGUCCCCCUGUAAUGGUCCAACAAGCCCUGAUAUAUUGGCCGCCAUUAAAAGGACUUUGGUUUCAUGUGGAGAGAAUCUUGUCACUUUACCAGGUAGUGUUGCUAGAUCUAUAAAGGAGGCCUAUCCACACUCCAACACCCUAACAUAUGUGACUCCAACUUUCCUACGGGACAUUCUCCGAAGGAUUAGUGUGCACAUCAUUUCUAAAGACGACAAACUCUGUCUUUUGGAAUACGUCUUGAGUGAUGGAAAAUACAGAGAACUCGAGGAUCUUCAGCUACUUCCACUCAACGAUGGAUCUUUCAGAUCUUUCUCAAACCGAGAGGAGGACACUGCUUUAAUUGACAGCAAUGAAUUUCCAAGAGUCUUGCUACCCUGCUGCAAAGACCUCUUCAUCCCAGAUGAUCUCAAUCCAGCCUGCAGUGCGCACCUGAAAGAACUGGCCAAAAAAGAUUUCUUCAAGGUCAUCAACAUUAAAGCAGGCCAUGUUGCCGAAUAUACGAGGAGGUAUUUGCCACAGGACUGGAAGCAGAUGAGGACGGGGCUCGUUACCUGGGACACCAGCAACAGCCAACAUCCACCUUUAGACUGGCUCCAAGAAUUCUGGAAAUUUCUCAACACUCACUUCAAAGAGUUAAGUAGUUUCACUGGAAUUCCAUUAAUACCAGUCAGCCCCCUGUCGGUCAGUCAGCCUGUAUCAUUAGCAAGACUAGGGCAGAACACAACCCUCAUUUUUCAGGAAAGCAAUCAGGGGAACUUGCCGGAACAAAUCGCUCAGUUGGUGAACAAAGUCGGUGGCAAAGUAGUGAAGGGAAACGAUUGGCUCACACACAAAGACCUCGGCUUGUAUGUGCUGUUCCCAUCUCCAAGAAAUGUCAUGAAAGUCUUGGUGAAUUUAGAUUCUCAGGAUCUCAUCAGAGAAUUCGAGACUGCCCCUUUCAAAACACGAGAAAAACUGAAAGAUUAUCUUGUCUGGAUUCUCUCAACCAAUGAGAAAGAUUUACUCUCAGAGUUGCCACUGUUUCAGACCAUGAAAGGUUCCUAUGUUGCAGCUCAAUCAAAACAGGCUGUGCGUCUCAUUUCUGGUCUAACAAUACCAGAAGAGUUCCCGAUGCCCGAUUUUGUUGUACAGUGUGCAACUGAGGCUGAUGACAGACUGUUAAAGCUGCUCAAAGUUAAUAUCAUGGACACCGCUGAAGCAACCAAUCUCCUCAUUGAUUGUAUUGAGAGGGGGGACUGCGGAAAAGAAGACACUGAGAAAAUCAUGACUUGGAUUUUACAGCAUGGUGAUCGCCUUUUCUCUCAAAAUCAGACCUUGAAACGCAAAUGUAAGGACUUGAGCUUCAUUGAAGUGAAUGGAAAGCUGAGAAAGACCUCAAUUUUUGAUCCAAGAAUUGAAAAGUUUAAAGUUAUUUUUGAGUCAGAUUUCUUCCCUCCACAUCUAUACACUAGCACAUCGCAGAUGCUUCAAAGCCUAACGGAUCUCGGAUUGCUAUCUAAAGAAGUAGAUGUGUCACCUGACCACUUGCUUCAAGCCGCCACACUGAUUGACAGACUACAUGCCGCUUCUCAAACUGAAGCUCUCAAUCGAGCUCAGGUGCUCUUGACGAUGUUGGAUACCAAUGAUCUACUCUCAAUGUUUUCUCAUGAGCAGCUUCAUCGCCUCAAGAUGCUAAAAUGGAUCCCAUGUCCUAAACUUGGUCAUAAAGAAACCCACAACAAUGACACAUCUCCGACAAGUUGUUUCUUUUGCCCGGAUGAAAUAAGACAUUCUGUGUUCGAGGACAUUGUUGGACAUGUGAUGCCUCUCGUGGGAAAGUUCAGUGACAGAGUGAGCAUCAAACUUGGUCUCAAACGCCUGCCCCCACCUGAAAAAGUGAUGAAUAAUCUUUCAGUCUUGAUAUCAGAAGUGCAGAAAAUGGCUGAUCCUGACACAAAUGUGGAUUUCAAACGGGAGUUGCACAGCAUCUACACACACAUGCAAGACAACAUUUCUGAAUUUUCAACAAUGAUAAACAAGGACACACCCUGGCUGUGGAGCAACAACCAGUUUGUAUCACUUAAGGAUCUGGUUCUAGACUACCCAUCCAAUCUUGAUCUAAGCUCUUACAUUGGGAAGGUGCCAAAUGAAUUUCGGCCCUACAAGAUCCUGCUCCAGGAGUUUGGCCUGAGAAUGUUGCUUUCAGAUGAAGAAAUUAUUGGUAUUCUUACUUCUAUCCAGCAAAGCAUUGAAAAAAGGCAACAGCCAAUUGCAAAAUCCUCUGAGGUAAAAGUGUCAAUAGAAAUUCUUAACUGGCUGUGGAGAGAGAAGAAGACAGUUCAGGAUGACAUCCCAGUGCCAGUCCUCAUAGAGGGUGAGGGCCAUACCCUAAAACCACUGUCAACCGCAGUCUUCUGUGAUGUCAGCAAAAAUGGGUUGAAAGAGCUUAAGUACAGCCAGGAUGACAUUUAUGUUGUACAUGAGGAAAUCCCAAAAGCAGCUGCUGAAUGGUUUAAGAUCCGAUUUCUCAGUACCCACAUCCUUGAUCCAGAGUUAGUGGGAAUAGAACAAUGUGGACAAUCUGAACCGAUAACAAUAAGGAUAAAAAACAUUCUUAAAGAGUAUGAUGAAGAAAGUGACAUCUUCAAAGAGCUCAUUAAAAAUGCAGAGGAUGCUGGAGCAGACACCUGCAAAUUCAUGGUGGAUUUCAGAGUACACAAAGAUAGUCCUGAAAGUCUCAUUGACCCUGACAUGACUCUUUGUCAAGGGCCUUGCCUUUGGGCAUUUAAUAAUAAGCAGUUCACAGCUGAGGAUUGGACAAAUAUUCUCAGAGUUGGUUCUGCCUCAAAGGAAAACAAGGUGGAGAAAAUUGGAAAGUUUGGACUUGGAUUCAAUACUGUGUAUCACGUGACAGAUGUUCCCUCUAUCCUCAGUGGCAACAGUCUUCUCAUACUUGAUCCAAAUGUGACACACCUCAAGAAGCACAUAAAACAAAAUACAAAUCCUGGAAUCAAGCUGGAUCUCUCUCAGAAAAGACUUUUUCAUUGUUUUCCUGGUCAGUUUGGACCAUAUGAACGCAUUGUUGAUUGUAACUUCAGCAAACAAAGUCUUGAGCCCUAUCCGGGCACUCUGAUCAGACUACCUUUCCGAACUGAAGAAGAGGCUUUAAAAUCAGAAAUAAGUUCAAAGGUGUAUCACAAACACAAUAUCAUCACUUUUCAACAGCACCUUACGGACAAUUCAAAAACACACCUGCUGUUUUUGAAGAACAUCAAUACAUUAUCGCUACAACGGAUCUCAGACAAUGUUUCAACUCCUCCAAGAGAUGAUGAAAUAGAAACUAUCCUCACUGUCUCCAAAACCCCAGUGAUUACAAUGAUUCCUGAUGAAACCAAUAUGUCAAAGCAACGUAACGCUGAGAAAUCCUUGAUUAAACUUGAUGGAAACUGCAAAGAACUCAUUGACUGCGGCACAGUAAACAUUGUCCAAAUAACCAGUCAGCAAUCUGGUGUAACUGAAGUCCAGUCCUGGCUCCUGUACAACUGCUUUGGGACAGGUCAGUCUUUGCAAAUGGCCCUUCAAGAAAACAAGCAAGCCAGGUUCUCUUUGCCCAUUGGGGGGAUUGCUGUGCCUUUGCAAAGUGAUCCAAAAACUGGGAAACUGGCCUCAUUACAAACAGAUCUCGUUGGACAGGCAUUUAGCUUCCUUCCUCUUUCCAUUCACACAGGCCUUCCAGUCAAUGUAAAUGGAACAUUUGCUGUGACAAGUAACCGAAAAGGUCUGUGGGAGAGUGGGGUGAAAAAAGACUGGAACAAAGCCCUUCUUCAGGAUCCAGUAGUGACGGCAUAUGUUACUGCACUUUCAGCACUCAAGAAAAUGUCUGAAAACAAGCAACUAGAACCUUACUGCUAUCACACAUUUUGGCCCGACAGAGAGAAAGUGAGUGAAACUUUCAAGCCUUUGGUUGAUGCAUUGUAUUCCACCAUUGCUCAGCACUCCAUUGGCCCAGAGCUCUUUAGUGAUGGAGAACAUUGGUGCUCAAUUAACAGUGCCAUAUUUCUACAUGAGAACAUUGAAGACGAUAAGGACAUAAGUGCACUUGCAAUGCAGGUGUGCAAGAAACAUCUAAAAGCACCCAACCAUGUUAUUUCUCUUCCAAUGUGGUUGCGAAAUGGCUUCAAACAGUCCGGCCUCCAGACGGUUUUACAGGAGAGAACCUGGAACUGGGAGACAUUUUACCAAGAAAUAGUGUUUAACAACCUUGGUGCCAUGGAUCCUAAGAGUAGAGAUACUCUUGUGCUGCAUGCUAUUGACCUGAAUAACACAGACAUUGAUAAACUACUGGUCUGCUAUCCAUGCAUCCCCACAAAAAGUGGACAGCUCCAGCAUAUCAGGAAACUUGUAAAUCCGUCAGGGAAAGUGGCCUGUCUUUUUGAAACGGAAGAGGGACGCCUGCUUGGUGGGACCAAACAUGACUUUUGCGCCCCAAAAAGGAUUCAACGCUUGCUGGAACUUGGAAUGCUAAGUGAUAAUCUUCCACUAGAAGACAUCACACAGAAAGCAGGCACAAUCCCCAAAACCUGGAGCACAGACAAAAAGAAGGCAUAUGGGCAUUUGAAUUGCCUUCUUGACCUUAUGAAGAGUCACAUGAAUGACAAAGUCUCCCCCCACUGGGGAACACUGAGGAUGACGGAAUUCCUCCCAGCAUUUUCCCCCGGUGACACUAAAAUGAAAGGAAAUGUAACAUUUCAAAAACCCUCAGCUAUUUUUCUUGACACAUGCUUCUCACUAGUUAACAUGACACACCAUGUGCUUGAUCGUACCGAUCUGAAAAUACACCAUGCUGAUCCAGUCCUGCAAAUGUUGGGAGUUCAUGACAGCCCAGGGCCCAAGGAAGUGCUUCAGCAGCUGCAAGAAGCAUGUGAGCAAUCUGAAUCCAUUGACACAUCCAUGCGUCACAAAAUAGCAUCUCAAUGCUAUAAGUUCCUUGAUACAUUUCUCAGAGAUUCUGGGGAUUCCACUUUCAUUUCACAAAGGGCAAAUUCAUUCCCAUCCAUACUUGUUGGCAAUACAUUUGUAAAUGUGAAUUGUGUCGCUGAAAAUGGGCAAUUUGAAGCAAAACCCUAUCUCUACAUUCUUCCAACUGCCUUCAGUGAUUUCAGCAAGCUCUGGGAAAGUGUAGGUGUUGAAAAAAGUUUUACAACCAGUCAGUUUCAACAUGUGCUCCAAGAACUGCACUCUCAACAUGGCAACAAGACUCUGUCAAAGAGUGAUCUCAAAAUUUGCAUCAGCAUUCUCAAAGAGGGGAUAUUGGAGGCAAAAGAGAAAACAACUAUUGACUAUCUCAUACCCAACGAACAUGGUGUUUUGCAACCUGCGAGUGAGAUAUUUUACAAUGACAGCCCGUGGAUGCCAGUCGCUUCAGGUGUGACAUUAUGCCACGAGCAUAUCCCCCGAGUUAUGGCAUGCCACUUUGGAAUUAAAACUACCAGGCAUCAUACCCUCCAAAACUGCGAAGUUGAGAAUAGUUCACCGUUUGCUUUUCAGUUUGCACAGAAGGAACAACUUACUGUUCGAAUUAAAAAUAUAAUCUCAGCCUACCCAGCAAAGAAGGAUAUACUUAAAGAGCUUAUUCAAAACGCUGACGAUGCAGAGGCAACAGAAAUUCACCUUGUUUGGGACAAACGACAGCAUGGCAAAGAAAAAACAUUUGGGAAGAAAUGGAACCAGCUGCAGGGUCCAGCACUGUGUGUGUUCAACAACAAAGUAUUUUCUGAUACUGACCUUGAUGGCAUUCAACAGCUGGGUGAAGGAGGAAAGCAAAACUCUCCAGGGAAGAUAGGAAAAUACGGAGUAGGAUUCAACUCUGUUUACCAUCUGACUGACUGCCCCUCAAUCCUCACUGGAGAUGAUCUACUUUGCAUUUCUGAUCCCAAUCAAAAAUACAUUGAAAGUUAUUCGGACAAACCACCAGCUGGCAUUGGCUAUAUACUAUCUGACACCUUCAAGGACAUGUACAUCGAUGUCUACAAAUCUUUUCUUCCAGAGCUAUUUUCACUCAAAGAAGGCACCAUGUUCAGACUACCUCUAAGGAUGGGUACCAUGGCAAACGACUCUGAAAUAUCCCAGAAGGGAGUAACUGACCAGGAUAUGGAAGAACUAUGCUCUGCACUCUCUGAAGAUCCCGAAGGACUAAUUCUGUUUCUGAAAAACAUCCGCAAAAUACAAGUCCAUGAAAUCAAUGAACAUUCAGGGAAACUUGAAACCAUCUUUUUGGUUGAAAAAAGUGUACCAGAGAAAUACAGAGAACGAAAAGAUGCCUUUGUAAAACUUGAACAAAAUGCACUGCAAUCUGACAAAGCAACAACAGCAGAAAAGGCUAUUUAUGAAACCUUGAUUUCAACUUCCGAUAGAAAAACAACUUCAUGAAUCAUGGCGGAACAGUUUGGCUCAUUUAGAAACAAUGGUGACACAGAGCUGACACUAUCAGACAAGCUUCCCAAGUAGCCAUAGCGGCACGUGAGCUCAACGAUCUGCAAGAGUUUGAAUCCAACACCAUCCAGCCUGAUGGAUUUUAGUGGACAAGCCUUUUGUUCACUUCCUUUGCCAGGGAAAACUGGACUGCCAGUGCAUGUCAAUGCAAACUUUGAAGUAGAUUCUGCCAGGAGAGGCUUUUGGAAAGAAGAUGGGCAAAGUCAUAAAUCAAAGUGGAAUGAAUCUUUGAAACAGAACGUCAUUGCUCCAUUGUAUGCAGAUCUCCUUCAUUACAUCAGACCGAAAAAAGUCCAACAUAUGGAGUCAUGCUACGUAUGUUUUUGGCCAACUGUGUCCAAAUCUGUUGCCCAAGAUUGGCAUGAAAUGAUACAUGAGGUAUACAGGUCAAUCAAAGAAAGAGGCCUGGAUGUGAUUCCAGUGAUGAGAAGUUACACACGAAUAAUUGCAGGCAGACAAUUGUUACAGUACACUUUUGACUGGUGUAACGUCAGAGAAACUGAAACAACUAAGGCACCUUACCUGACACACCCGGCAUCAAAUGAGAUCCAACCCCUUUUGGAAGAUCUUGGAAUGACAUUAGUUCCAUUUACCAUGCAAAAAGUUUGGAACAAUUUCCGAUCCGCUGACAUUAAAUUGAAAGAUGUGAAUCCUUCAACUGUCCAGACUUUCCUGAGAGCAAAACCGCUCAAUGACCCAACCCAAACAGACGAGCAAUUACCGUUGCCCAUAACUGCCACUCUAAUCAGAGAUGAAGAAAGAUUUUCAAAGCUCUUGAGUUUCUGCUUAAAGGAUUUAAAAUGUGAGGUCACCAAGGACAACUCCAGUUUACUCAAUGGGCUUCCACUUCUUCUCACAAAAGAUAAAGUGUUGAGAGUGUUUAACUCCAAAUCUCCCAAGAUGAUAUCAAGAUAUGAUGAUGUGUUCGUUGGCUACGAGGCCCAAUUUGCAGAUUAUAAGACCAACAUGCCUCACGAGUUCGCUCUAAAAAGUUGCAGCCUUGUCAAAAGUGUGACGGUUCCUUGGGCAGCCGAAUUUCUGAAGCCGUUGAUUCGGCAGCUUCUCCAGACGUGUGAAGUUGAUCAACACAGUGGUCUUCAUGUCCCAAACAACAAUACAUUGAGGUGGUUAGAUUCAAUUUGGCGUUUCUUAAUGAGUGAAAUUAAACCUGCAACAUCUAGCGGUGAUGAUCAAAAACUGACAUUAAGUGAUGUAAGGAAACUCUUCAAUGACUGCUGCAUUUUACCUGUUUUGUGCCCAAGGUUCAGCAACAAGCUUUUCCUGCAAACAAUGAAAGAAAUGCCAAGUGUGAUUCAGUCUGCCUCAGAAACAAACACAUCAGGCAUCCUAUUUAAACUUGGUUUUAUGAAGCUUGACUGUGUAUUCUUCACAAAGAUACACGUGGACCGAAAUUAUAUUUCACUUCUAUCCUCAGAACUUCUGGUUGUGAAUGAAUCAAGCUCUGUGUUGGACCAGGUCGUCAAAAUUAAACACUCAGAGUUUUCCAAGCUUUCUGAGAAGGAGAUGAUUGAGCUACAAUCUUUCCUGCAGUCUGGAGUAUCCAAGUCCAAAGACAAGCAAGAGUAUGAGAGAAAACUCAAAUCAUUGCCCUUAUUUAAAACAAUCCAUGGUGACAGAGUGAGGAUUGAUGGGCCUGGAGAGGUAUUUCUCCUUGACAGCAGGUAUUCAAGUGCAUUUCCAGAUUUGUUCAUGCUGUCUGGAAGCAAGAUCAUUUUUCUCCAAGAAAAUCUAGAGAACAGAAUUCUGUCAGACACAUUGGACAUCAACACCCUGACUGAUUUGGAAUAUUUCAUGAAGUUCCUUCUGCCCAUUGUACACACACUCACAGAGGAGCAGAUGCUUCACUGCCUCCAACUGUUGCUGUCAGAACAUUUUGGUUACUCUGAGCAUAAGGACAAAAUCAUCCCCUUGAUGGAGACGGUGAGAUUGAUUCGCAAUUCUCAAGGCAGAUUGGAGACGGCAUCAUACUACUUUGAUGAGAGUGUCGAGCUAUACAAGAUAAUGUUGCCCCAAGAGAAAUUUGUGCCGAAGACAUUUUGGAAUGAGAUGGGUGACGAACAUCUACAACACAGAGCCAAAGACUUACUCAGAGACCUUGGAAUGAACCAUGUUGUGUCAAAAGAUGAUAUCGUAAAGUUUGCACAACAGGUAGAAUCAGAAGCAAAAGACAACGGCCAGCUUAAAGAGUUGAAAAAUAAAUCCUCACUGGUAUUCAAAGCAGCCUUGAAGAGUGUCGACAAACCCAAAGAGAAAAGGUUGCUGGAGCGCAUCGCUGACAUCAAGUUCAUUUUCCCUGUGGAAAUUAAAAAAGAACUGUGCCACUAUCACCAACCAUUUGCUUCUGAGAGAACUGUUGGACUAAGAGGGUCUUUGAUUGAUGGCGACCCCAAGCAUCCAGAAUUGAUUUGGUCUUCAAUGGCAAUUGUACAGCUGCCGGUUUCUAAGUCACAGGUGCCGGUUUAUAAGUCACAGGAGCUCCUGAAAGGUCUGAAAAAUGCAGGGGCGUUUGAAAAACCGCCCUCACACUGUGUAACCACCAACAUGAGCAACAUCGGUCACUCGCUAUGUGAAACUAACCAGUUGAUCCGAACCCGCGCUCAAGUGUUUCGAAGUGCGUAUGCUUACCUGCAAGCAAACAAGUUUGAUGAACAACCAAUGGCUGGGCUGCCAGUAGUGUUAGUUGAAAACGACAGAGGACUUGUGAGCACUGAUUAUGCUUUUUUUUCACUCCCUGAUGACCGCGAGUUCAGACCGUAUUUGUUUAACAUUUCUCCGCGGGAUGUCAUGUUCGCAGACUUCUUCAGGAAAAAUGGAGUGAAGGAAAUGCCUUCUGCAGCUCAGUAUUGUAAAGUUCUGGCAGCAGUUGAUGCUGACUCCUGUGAUAUGAAACAACUAAACCCAAACCAACAGAAAACUGUGAAACGUGCUGUUCAGCAGUUUUUCACGUUAAUCGAAGCUGAAGGAAACGAGUCCCUUGAUGAUGUGAAGACUUUGUAUCUUCCUGCAGUAGAUGGUAAAUUAUACCCAUCAUGCAAACUCUACUACAAUGACACAGUGUUUGAGGUCAAAAGGUUAGAAAAAGCACUGGAGAACAAGUUCCUGUUGCUCGAGAAUAUCAGUGAAUGUCAUUUGGGCAAGGACAAAUAUCGGCAUCAUCGAUUGCUGCAAUUGCUGCCUCAGAAUCUCAAGCCUAACUUGUUGUCUCAGUCCACAGAGGAGAAAGUCGUGGAGUCACACAUGCAGCUUUGUGAGCUUGGAAGCGACUGUGAAUUUAGUGGACGGUUUGACAAACAUCUGUCCUCCCCAGCCUUUAGACAUGGACUCAUUUGCCUGAUCAGAGAUCAGUCGCAGGGGGAACUAACACAAGAAGAUGCUACUGACAUGUACAAGAAGAUUUUUGGCAGCAUUGAGAUCGUUUGCUGCAAAGGUCUCAAAACAAUCCUUUGGGUGAAUAAACAACCACUGAACAAAACUGCCACUGAAACCGAUGUCUUUGUCAAACAAUGGCAACAAGGUUGCCUCUUUUACUUGAAACACAACAAUGCCAUGGAGCCCAAGGUGAUAAAUCAUAUCAAUGUGGCAUUGACAAAAGAGAUUAACGGUCUUUUAGGUAACAGAAUGCAAACAAUCCAUGUCCUCGUCCUCUCACUACUUCUCAUGUGUGACAGUCUUCCAGAGGUUCUGAAAUGUCUGGCUGAAAAUGGGAUCCAUGACAGUGCUGAAAGUGAAAGUGUCCUCACUCCACCAGCCCCUGGAUCAGAAAUUCCCAAGGAUUGGCAUGAUUUCUUAGACAUGAACAUUCUCAAUAACUUUGAAGAGGGGGACUAUGUUGGCUACUACACUAACAACAGGUACAUUUAUGCAGUUGUUGUUGAAGUACUGCCUGGUCACUCUGGACUCUAUUCACAAAGGUACAAAAUAGAAGUUGGAGAAGAGGAGCCGAUAGAAGUCAGCUGUCUUGACCUGUAUCAGUUCAAACGACCAAAGAAGCCAGAACGAGGAGGGAGGACUUGCACAUCUACUGAAGCUCCUGGCAUGGAGCUGGUGCCACUAGAAGGAGCGCUGCCCCAUUCUUCCCAACCAUCGGCUACAAGUUCCUCAUCUGCAAGAUCCUCACCGGCGACUUUUGACGAAGCCAAAAGAGAAAUUGACAAAUGUUUGACAGAUAUCUGGAUGCUUCCUGAGGAGGAGAAGACAAAAGCCAUCAGAAGACUGUACCUUAGAUGGCAUCCUGACAAAAACCCAGACUGCCAACUUCUCGCCACUGAGGUAUUCAAGUACUUAAAGAAUCAAAUUAAUGAACUCAGCAGAGGCAAAGGCACAACGUCAGGCUCGUCGGGCUCGUCAGGCUCGUCAGGCUCGUCGCAUUCAAGCAGAAACGCACAUUUCUCUAACAACUUCUAUGAUGAUUGGAAUCAGGAGGCCCGAAAUCACAGACACGGUCGAGAGAGAUUCUCCAGAGCCAACAAUUCCUACAACUUUUGGGACCACAAUGAAAAUGUCCCGAGUCCAAACAAAAAGGAGGCCGAGCGCUGGUGUCGACAAGCUCGCUGUGAUCUCAACGCAGCUCACCAAGACGUGGGGGGGGCGAGCACAGAGUGGUGUCUGUUCAAAAUCCACCAAGCCGUGGAAAAGUCUCUCACAGCUGCACAGUUUAAAAGAGAUGGCCGACGUGCCACCGGCAGCUCCAUUUCAGAGCUCGCUGAGCAGGUUUCCAGCUACAACCUCCAGCUGAGAGUUCUGCCUGACAUCGUCGAGACUCUGAGGAGUCUGGGAGUGGAUGCCAAAAAGACUCAGUAUCCACACUUUCAUAAAUCUCCCCACAUUCCAAAUGAUCAGUUCAAAUCCGAGAAUGAAAUGGUUGCGCUGAACAAAGCAUCGGAGCUUCUCCGCCGAGUGGAGGCGUAUGUGAAUUAGCUGUUGGAGACAAACGGAUGUCAUGGUCCCAUGAAGAUGUCCAAGUGCUGCGAGCCAUAUUGAGACAUUACUAGAAACAAAGUAAUGGUGUCACAGACAUGCUUAUGUUGUCAACAUUCUGAAAUGAAAGAUGUUUUUUUUGUGAGUCUUUACUGGAGACCAGUUUUUUUGUUAUGAAAAUGAAAAUAUGAUUUUUAUUAUUUGUGCAAUGUUUAUGCAUUUAAAACAACUCAGGACCAAUUUACUAACUGUAGUACCAAUAUAAUCACUUUAUGACCUUAUUUAAGUGGGGCAAUUUCUUUUUUUGCUAUGUUAUUUGUAUUACUCACUUAGAAUGAAUGUAUUUCCUGGACAAAACGGAUGUCAUGGUCCCAUGAAGAUGUCCAAGUGCUGCGAGCCAUAUUGAGACAUUACUAGAAACAAAGUAAUGGUGUCACAGACAUGCUUAUGUUGUCAACAUUCUGAAAUGAAAGAUGUUUUUUUUGUGAGUCUUUACUGGAGACCAGUUUUUUUGUUAUGAAAUGAAAAUAUGAUUUUUAUUAUUUGUGCAAUGUUUAUGCAUUUAAAACAACUCAGGACCAGUUUACUAACUGUAGUACCAAUAUAAUCACUUUAUGACCUUAUUUAAGUGGGGCAAUUUCUUUUUUUGCUAUGUUAUUUGUAUUACUCACUUAGAAUGAAUGUAUUUCCUGGACAAAAAUGUCAUGAUACUGAAAAUGUGAAAAUAUUUUUGCAAUUUUGUCUUCUAUAACUACUUAUUGAGAAUAAAUAUAAUCAAUGUACAUCUUUUUUUUCAAAGAAAUGAUUUAAUUACAUCCACUAAAGACCAAUACAUUCUCUGUAUGACCUUAUUGGUUUAAAAACAUCAAAGGACUGACACUAGCACAUCCAGUGCAUGUCAUCUUUAUCAAUAAAUACGUUCAGUGGAA